AUGCAGGAGGCCGGCGACAGCAAAGGCAGGAGAAGCUCGUUUCAUGGCGGAUCGAGCUCGUUCCUGAAGAACCUCAACUCGCUCUUAAAGCUCAAGAAAAGCCCGGGACGGCCGGCAGAGGGAGCAGAGCCUGCAAACGAGCCGCAUCUCGGGGACAAUGCGAAAGAGCGAGACAGAGGGCUAUGCACGCGGCCGCCAGGCCCGGUGAGCCGUUGCAGCACGGGGACGGUGUACCGGUCGCCAAGCCACCGGCGGCAGGGCAGUAGCGCUUCUGCCAAGCGCGAAUUUAAGCCAUCGCACGCUACUGCCGUCCAACAUGCCUCGCACUGCUGCAAUUGCAUGCUGCGCGGUAUGCAGCCCCCAGCCGAUUCCCCUGCCGAACGCGGCGUCACGCGAGGCGAGGCUUUUGCGAACCCAGUGUGCAGUAGGGGUCUCGAGAGCAAAAGUGUCCCUCCGUACGUCUACGAUUCCAGACUUCCAGCCAGUGCUAUCCCGUGGCACACGAAGGACUCGUCAACUGACCAACUUCCCCGGAUCAGUGUGGACGUAUUGGCGGCCAUUUUGGAUGGCAAAUUCUCCUCCCACUACUCUGAGGUUUACAUUAUCGAUUGCCGCUUUGAGUAUGAGUUCCAGGCUGGCCAUAUCAAGAAUGCUAUAAACGUGUCCAGUCGGCGAGAACUGGAGGCGGAGUUUAUCCAGAAACGCAUACAGCGCUGCUCCGCAGAUCCAGGGCGCCCACCACUGUUGGUGUUCCACUGCGAGUACUCGUCAUACAGGGGCCCAAUAAUAGCGGCACACUUACGGAAUUACGACCGCAUACUAAACCAUGGUCAAUACCCUAGGCUGCACUAUCCUGACAUCGUGGUUCUGGAAGGUGGCUUCAAGUCAUUUAUAGAAGCCUUCCCAGGGUUCUGUCAGGGUCAUUACGUCGGUAUGGACUCAUAUGUGAACCAUGAGCUCGAAUUGGCCAGAUUCAAACGAGAUUCCAAGACCAUUCUAACAAGACAGAAUUCUCAGCAUAUAUUUCAGGAACAGGGCCAAGAGGGAGGACACGGUCUUGCUGGGAGAGCGUACCAGCCAGACCCUGUGGCCACUCUGUUGCCAACAAGACGGCCCAGCUUCUCUUUUGAUGCUCCGCCGCAGAGCCCCAGCCUAGUUAUCGGCGGGAACAGCGGUAGCAGCGCAUGCUCGUGUAGCAGCAGCACCCGUAGCGUGCUUACAGGUAAGAUGCUACUGAUGCACGAUCUUACAACGGAUGUGAAGGCCUGCGAUAAGGACGACCAGGAUGACCAGUUCAGUUUCGACCUUGGCGAUGAGCUCGCAAUAACAGUGGAGGAUCUCUUCUCCUCGCCGGUCGGCAGACGGCUUUUCCCAGAGAUCGUCAAGGAGGAGGACAACGACUCUUAA